CGCUGGGAGCGGGACGGGCGCAGCCAUGUUGGCACCGGGAGCGGCGGGAGCCUGCGGGCUCUUGGUGCGGGCGGCGAGCCGGGCCCUGAGCCUGAGCCACGGCCGGGGCACGGUGGUGGUGGAGCGCUGGUGGCAGGUCCCGCUGAGCAAGGAGGGGAGGCCGCCCCGCGCGAACCUGCGGCGGCACCGCGUGUACCGGCUGGUGGAGGACACCAAGCACCUGCCCAAGGGCGAGCUGGAGCUCAUCCUCACCCGCGCCGUGGAGGGCCUGGGCAGGCGGGGGGACCUGGUCAGCGUGAAGAAGCACGUGGGUCGGAACAAGCUGCUGCCGCAGGGACUGGCCGUGUACGCGUCGCCGGAGAACAGGAAGAUGUUUGAGGGAGGAGAAGGUUCGCUGCACCAGGAAGGGAAGAUGGAAGUGCAGCAAACCCAGAGCGGGGAGAGGGUGAGUGCGUUCCUCAAGAGCUGCCGCCUCGAGGUGGGCAUGAAGAACAACGUCAAGUGGGAGCUCAACAACGAGAUCGUGGCUCGGCACUUCCUCAAAAACCUGCGGGUUUUCGUGCCACCCCAUGCGCUGAAGCUGCCGGAGGAGCCCAUCACCCGGUGGGGCGAGUACUGGUGCGACGUGACGGUGAACGGGCUGGACACGGUGCGGGUGCCGAUGUCGGUGGUGCAGUUCCUGCGGCCCAAGACCAAGCGCUACAAGCACUGGCUGGCACAGCACCAGGCACGACUGGCGGCACGCAGGGGAAGAACAGCUCUGAGCUGGGGUGGGGGGGCUCAGGGUGCUGCCCCCCGGGCCCUCCCCAGCUCCUCCUGGAUCCGUCCUGGCAGCUCCGGAUGCGUGAAAUACACUGGGGGGGGGGGGCAGGGGGUGAGUGGCCCCUUAUCCCAUGGGGACCCCUUCUACUGCUCCCCACUAUUGUGGGGCACCCCCCCUUGCCCCAUGGGGACCAUCCCACCACUGUGGGGACCCCCUCGC